AUGGAUGCACAACGACGAUAUCAAAGCUCGGGACCCAUACUACCUGACUUACCUCGAACACCUCAAUCAUUAAAUCUUCCAACACCUACGUCAUCUCAACUUAUGCCUAUUGAUGCACGUUUUCCACCACCAAUGUUACCUCCAAUUAAUGCACAAUCAUUACCGACUAUACCGGUUUUCCCUUUACGAACUGGUAAUCAACCGCAAAUGUUUGAUGAUUCAAUAAAUCAGUCUCUUUAUAAAGUAAAACAAUUAGAAAGUCGUUUACAAAUGACAGAAAUAUCUAAUCGUGCUCUACUCGAAGAAGUUAUUCGUUUGCAAACGGAAUUAUUCAAUGCUAUUCGUCAAAGUCAAUCGAUUCUUCAAGAAGAACGUUUAUCUCGCCAACACAUAGAAAAUAAUAUUCGCAUUCAAAAUGAUGUUAUUCUACAAUUAACAGCACGUAUUAAACGAAAUGAAGAUGUAUUCAAUGAUGAACAUCAAUCAUCAUUAUCUGCUAAUGCAAGUGUUCGAGGACUUGAACAACAAAUAGCAGCUAUACAAAAAGAAUAUGUUCUUCGACGUGAUACUCAAUCGACGAGUGUUGAUGGAAUUCGAAAACAACUCGGAGAGACUAAUAUGCAACGAGAACAAUUAGAAAAAACACAAUUCAAUAUUGUUGAAGAGCUUCGAUCUAUUCGUAAUCGUUUAGAAGCUGAAUCAUCUAAUUUUAAUUCAUUGACUAAUGAAGUUCGACAGAAAACGAGAAAAUUAGAAGAUGAUCAACGAUUAACGAAUGAUUUUGUACGUAAACAGCAAGAAACAAUCAAUGCUGGUGAUCUUCUUUUUAAUGCAUUUCGUACAGCAUAUGAUCAGAAAAUGAAUGAACAUCGCGAUUUAUUCAAUGAAAUCAAAACUCGUUUGGAUUUCGAACGAGAAGAUCGUCGUUUAGUUGAAGCCCAAUUGACGUCUAAAUUAAAUGAUGUUCAAUCAACAGUUAAUUCAACUCGUUCAACUCAAUCCGAAAUUGUUAAAACAAUGGAAAAUAUGCGUCGAGAAAGUAUCACUCAAAUUGAACAAACACAUAUUCGAUUGAGACAAGAAAUGAAUGAUAUGAAUAACCAAUCGUUGCAACGAACUGCAGAUAAAUUAGAUCGUCUACGAGAUGAAAUCGACUAUAAAAUGAAAGAAACUGAAAAGAAUCAUCAACUUGAAAAUGAACAACGUCAAAGACAGUUACAAACGGUACAAAAUGAUUUUGAACAGCAGAUUGAAACAUUGAAAUCAGUUAUGAAUGAAGAAAAUGGAAGAAUAUAUAAUGAAAUUAGGGAAACAACAAAGAAAAGUUCCGAAUCAUUAAGAAAAUUAAAUGAUGGCAUUACUUUGAUUGAACAACAAACUGAUGAAAAUCGACGAAAAAUUGAAAAAGUUCUAGAUGCAGAAAUUAAAUCACGUAAACAACAAUACAAAGAAUUAGCUGAUAUAAUUACAAAAACAGAUGAAAAAUCAAACUAUCAAAUUGCUACAAUACAAGCAUCGAUUGCUACCAUCAAUACGCGCAUAGCAGAUCUUCGCGAUUUAAGUAAUAAACCUGAAAUAAUUAAUUUGAACCGUCGUCUCGAUACAAUGGAGCAUACACAUCGUGAAACUGACGGAAAUAUUCAAGCGUUAACCAAUCACUUAGCUGAUCUAUCAUCACGUUAUACGGCUACAGAUGCACGUGUUCGACAAACAGAAGAUAAAAUUAAAGUAGAUGAACAAACUGUUCGUGAUUUAGCAGCUCGUGUCGCUUUAUUGCCAACUACUGAAGAUAUUACUUCUGUUCGACGAGAACUUAGUGAAAAAAUUCGUAGCGAUCUACAAAAAGGUUUACAACAACAAGAUGAAAACCUAUCGCAAACGCUUGUCAAACAUGAACAACGUAUUAAUAGUAUACGUGUAGACUUAAAUGUGCUCGAAGAACAAAUUAGUCAACGUAUGGCUCAGAAUGAACAACAAUUGUCAAAUCAAAUACGUGAUAAACAAGCUGACAAUGAGAUGUGGCGAAGAGAAGUUGAUCAAAAGAUGGCUCGUCUGAUGAAUUUACGAGAUACACUACCACAAGAAAUUUAUAGUCUAAAUGAAAAACUAACAUCGGUACGACAAGAAUGUAUGAAAUUUUCACAAGAAGAAAACUUUCGAACGAAAGAUGACAUAGAACGUUUACGUAAAGACAUGGGAUAUAUGCAACGUUCUAUAGCUGCUGCACCGAUUGCGAAACCAUCUCCACGGCGAGACAUCGAAUAUCGUCCACCACCAAUACCACCACCACCACCACCAAUUCCAAGACCUGCAUCAAAUACAGAAGUGGAUCCUGAUGCUCAAUUUGAAUAG